AUGCCUCCGAUUUUUUAUAAACCGCCCCUACCCGUUAAUUACAAGGCCCCAAAGGGUAGAAUUAUUCCUUUAACUAAGCCCCAAAUAAAUCUUGGAAAGUCAUUAAUCACUCUAACCCCUAGAAGGAUCAAGGCCGAUGUUUUGGAAAAGGUUCGCAUGUCCCUUAAGAGAGUUUUAAAGAAGAAAACUGAAAGAUUUGUAGAUGUUCAUGCAACAUACCCUGUUACAAAGAAGCCAGAUGGCGUCAAAAUGGGACAAGGAAAAGGCAAAAUACACCAUCACGUAGCAAGAGUUCCUGCAGGAUUUCCCAUAAUAAGACUUCCACAACUUAGUCCUUUUGUUCCAGGGAAUUUGCCCAUCUUCACAGCCUUUAAAAGGGCAUUGUCAAACCUACCUGUUCCCUGCACAUUUAGAUCACAGUUAAAUAACUUUAACAUUGAUUCCCUUGUAGAGAAACAACAAACAAAACUCAACGCUGAUUUGCAUAAAACAAAACAAUUACUUAAGUAUAGAUUUGCUCGGCAGUAA